UUGGAGUGUAGUUUAUGCAAAAAAGCGGAGAGGAAAAAAAGAGGCGGGUAGAAGCGGUAGAGGCGAAGGGGACGGAUAAUUUAGCGAACUGUAAAGCUGUAAAGGGUACGGUAAUAGUCGUCAAUGUGCUUGUGUGAGUUUCGCGGACAGACGUAGCAGUGUUUUUCUUUUGUUCGGUUUAGCUACAACUGGGGAUGCAGAGAUUAAGUUCGUCUAAGUUUUUGUGCUUCCAAAACCCGUUAUGCCCAUAACACUUGCCAAUUGAGGGUCAAUCCCUGCGUCGUCGACAGCAUGGGUGGCGUUAGACCGUUGUUUCUUGCGUAAUUUCUUGAGCUCCUUUUCCUUUUGCCGUUGUUUAUGAUAAGCAGCAACUCUGGCCUUCAAAUCAUACUCAGCAGAGCCCUCCUGUGGUGACUUGAGUAAGUUUUUCCAGUACUCAAUGCGUUCCCGGACUUGGUCCACUGUUGCACGCUCGUCCGAAAUGACUGUUCGAGUUUUUCGCAAAUGCUGAGCACUGUUUAAAUGAUCCAACCAACUUAAUGAAUCGCGAUAUGUCUCAUCACAUGCUUCACAGUACCAGCCAGCGCUCUUUCCUCGCCGUCCAACACUGGACCCAGGUGGAGCAAUUGUCACUUUAUUAACGUCUUUUGUGAAGUCAAUUCGCUCAGUCCGAGCACCGACCACCUUAAAUUGGCGAGUGGAUCUUUUCACGGAGGGAGCGGAAGCCUGCGUAUGCGUUGUCAACUUUUUUUCCGUACCCAUGAGGUUCGUAGAGGAGGGGACUGUAGUCGUUCUAACAGACAGAGCAACGAGAAGUGUGAGUAAGGUGUUUGCUGCAAAUGGCUUCUGAUCAACACGACUCGCUGUAAAUGUCUUAAACACACAAUUUGCAGUCUUUUUGUACACAGAUUCAAUAGAAAAUACUGCCCGAUGGCAUGUGUGUUUUCUAUUCAAUCCGGUUAAACAGCGGUAAUGUAUUUAUAUUCAUUGCCCUAUGUACACACUUCAUCAAUAACUAUCUAAUAACCAAAUGGCAAAUUAAAGAUAGCAAAACGAAAAAAAAAAAAUAAUAAACAAGAGUAGUGGAUGCAUCAAACAUCUUAGUCAAAUUUAAAGAAAGAAGAAGCAGAUAAUGCGAGGGAUACACAGUUUAGUAACAGUAUCAAAGGAUUGUUUUUUUAAUAUUCGCAACACGCCUGCGACAAACUGCUUGUUAUGGCAAAAGAAGGAACAUAACAAUUGUUUUUCCACACACAAUCAAAAAUCGUGCAACACACAGUAGGCGGACAAGCUUACGCUGCAUAUCCAAGAAAAGGACAGCGAAGCAGAAUGACCGAAACCACCGAGGUACAGAAACAAGCAAUUACCAGCGGUAGAAACAAAAAGCAGAGAAAAAAAGAAUAUAUCCCCCAUACAAUCAAAGGCAAAGGCCUAAAUGCACUCUUCUCCAGUCAUGAGGUGCCAAUUUAUUUACAAAAAGGAAGAGCUUGGCACUAGGCUAUUCCUUAAAAGGGAAUGGGUUUAUGUACAGUUGAAUGAUUGCCCAAGGACUGGAGAGAGCACAAAUUGAAGGAGGAGUGAGAGAUGUGAGACCGAAAGUGAAAUAAGAAACCGAAGGAGAAGAAAGGUGAACGGGCAUGAAAACGCCUCACUACCUAUUCAUCCUCUUUGCUCUCGUUUUGUUCCAAAAACUUCAUAAGCGAAUCGCCUGCCAUGAGGUCCGUGACAUGUUCUCUGACCUCAGCAAAUAGUAUAUGCACGCCUUCCACCCACUCAGCCAUAGAGUCGUCCUCCAUGGCGCGCGCCAUAUGUGCUACCACUCGACGAUAUAUUUCGUCGGGGAUGUUUAGUCGGUUAGGCGCGUUGACAGAAAGGUAGCAGUUGUAAAUACGGUAGGCCUGGGUAAAGCAUUCACGCAAGAGCGUUUCGUCUUUUUCACGCAGAGCAACUUGACAACACUCCUGGAAAUCACGCGUAUCUUCGUAAAAGCGAGCAUUCUCCUCACAGUAAUUAUGAAGAGCGAACUCAUAAAAUGAAGUGUGAAGGUUUGGCAUUUUCAAGAUUUGCUCAACUAUCUCGACAUUACUCUUUGUCUUUCUGAGCUCUUGAAUAAGUUUAGCAAUCCGUUUGGCCUUACCAAACUGAUGCCAGCCAAGAACCUCAAUACCAGACGCGGUAAUGAUAUAGCUCGUACCCUUGUGAUAUGAAAAAACCAUCGUCUGACUAGUAGGUCUUUCGUGUUCAAGCAAACCGUACAGCAAGAAGUCGUUCGCGAUAUCCUGAAGUUCGGUCCAGUCCAGCAGCAUUGUGUUGUUCAUCAACCACUCCAUCACAUCGAUGCCGUACAGCUCGUACUGCAACCGCUUUUGACCUCGGACACUCGUGUCCGCACGCUCGUACACAAUGACUCUUCGAGAGUCCAACCCAUCCUCUAAGAGAGGACGGUUGCCGAGCAUACGCUGGAGGAGAGUCUGAAUCAACGUUUCGUCGCGGUACACAAGGUCUGUGUCUUGCAUGCGGUUGAUCGGGACCAAGAUGAGGGGAUCCUUCAGCAUCUGUGCUGGGAACGGGUAAUCUUUCACAGCAUUCUGCUGAAUGAACUGAUCUACAACGCUGGCACCUUUCCGUGUAAGUCUCAACAGCGUUUUUUCACUCGUCAGCUUUCGAGCAUACGCAUCAGAAACGGAAGUUAUCAGACGAGCGUUGAGAAACAUCUGACAGAGGCAUUUGGCUACUUUCUUCGGGACGCUGAACUUUGUAGUCGAUUUAAUAAUUUUCCCAGUGCCGUUCGCAUCUCCAUCGAUACGAUGAACGAGAUUAAGCUGCAGAUUCUCGAGUGUGAACAGCAGUUGUUUUAGUGUGCACGUAUUCUCAAAGGUCUUGAAAUACAUUCUAUGCGAUGAAAACGGCGUCGAAACGAUCAUGGCGCCAAACAACUCUAAAAAGUCCUAAACACGCAUUAGAAUCUAGACUCAAGAACUAAAACUGAUGGAAGCCCCAAAGCUGUGACGAAACCAACUAGUUAACAUCCGUAGAUGCCUUUACAUAUAGCCGGUCCACGGGGAAACAUAAAAUCGCACGAACCUUGCUGAAUGGUCUGCCUACAUAAGUCAGUUGCAUGAACCGUGUAGACUUCUGAUGUUUGGACUCCAGUUUACGCGGCACCGUCGGUUCUUCCAUUACAGUAUGUGAAAAAAGACGAGGAAGGCCACAAGAGCUUCUACGCGCCAUUUAUAUGAGCUAGGAAGAAUUACCCCUUGUUCUUUGUCCCAAUUCUUUUGUGCCGCCCAUGAGUAUGGGGAUGGUCCCCCUAACGAAGAUUGAGCGCGGAUUAAUGGUUCCACGGAGAAUUUCUUUUUGUGCUGCACUAUUUUUUUACGAGAAGCCUAGCGGAGAAUUACCGAACGGAAAUGCUAGUGUUUGGUGAACGGCAGGUUGGAAUUAAGCUAUUUCCUCCAUUUAAAUUAGACUGGUUCCAAGUAACAUCGCAUAAAGCCAAAUAAACUCGGAGUAAACGAGCGCACUAUUUUAAGCGACUUCCGAGGUAACAGGGGCAGGGGUCUAACAGGCACAGAGCAUCGCCUGCCUUUCACCAAACACUCUCAGAACGCGUUACUAUUGGGAAUGCCAGUUCAAUCGCUAAUAAAAGCUCUUGAAGAAGUGUUUAAAAAUUUUGCAGAUGGAAAAAAUGUCGAUUUUACGAAGUUGAACGAGUCUGUGGAAGAAUAUCAGCAGAAAUUUCCGACACCGAAUGCAGCAAACUCUCGGAAAAUUAGAAGUACAUUAGAUGAGUUGUACGACAAACAACCGUUUAAUACGAAUCAGUUGCGGAUCCUAUGGCUAACCGUGUUGAAAACGGUAAUUCCGCUGUUAAUCAUGAACAAAGAUGCAGUCGAUUCCUGGUGGGAUCAGGUUUUUUACCCGUUCUUGAAUUCCCCAACACAGUUGAAGCCAAUUGUCAGUGAUAUCAAGUCCAUAUUGUUCUAUUUACUCAUCUACGAGGAAGAUGACUGGGGCGGAUCUUUACGGGAAGAAUGUGCACAAGAGAUUGCAAGGCGUCUGAUCGAGUUGUAUCUAGACAACGCUGUCACUGAUUCUAAUGAUCAGACAGUACUUCUUCAUCGACGACAGAUUGUCGAUUCUACGAAGGACAUUCUGAUUGCCUACGGAGUGCAACGUCCCAAGGAGCUCUGCACGACGUUCGACUCCUAUUUUAAAAACACCCAAUACCGUGUACCUAUACUCUCCAUUUUUAACGAAAUUUUAUGUUGCCAAGGUCCGAGACUUUACGAUCUUGUUCAGACACCCUUUUUUGAUAGCCUGCUCUCCACCUUGGAGUUUGAUGAAUCCCCUCUUCUUAUGUCUUUUGCGGUUUCCUCUUUGUCUAUGCUCCUGCCUCAUGUGUGCAAUCUCAUAAACGAUUCCCUGACGCGGAUCUUUUGCAUUUUCCUUCGCAUAGCACUUGAAGUUGACCACAAGUCAAUUCCCAGUGCCCUUGUUCCAGAUAAUCCCUCCUGGAAAAUACUCACUGCCGAUAUCACCGAGAGCUCCAGCAGCGAUACGGAAAGCCUUUAUGAUCAUUUGACGGGUUUUACAGAACCUCCAGCACCGGAAGGAGUCAGUGACUCGCCAAGCUUUAAGCAGUUAUUUACAUUACUUUAUGCAUUAUACCCUGUCAAUUUCUUAAAGUUUCUGCUCAAUCCGAACGCCUAUGCUGAGCAACAUGGUGUGAACAUCACUUUGCAAAUAGAUUUGGACCUUUUACGGAGCAAAUUGGAACCCCUAUUGUCUCGUCAUACAUUGCAUCGCAACUUUUUGCGUUAUACGAGUGAGGCAGAACUGGAAGACAAGGCACGCUGGACCAAACUUGAUGCAACAAAAAUUUUUGGGAUGUGUACAACCUUGAAUGUGCAAAAUCUGCUAGACUCUAUUGGUUCUAAGGGCGAAACCAAUAGUCAUUUUGAGCAGGCCGUUAAUAUGCUGCGUGAACCGGCUCCGAAUCGAACCGUCUUUGCACAGGCCGGAGAAGAUGUAAACGUCUCUCAAGACGCUACACCUUUCAGUAUCAAGGGAAACGAAUCAGGCUCUCACUCUGCUGUUUCUAGUUUUGUCGGGGAGGAUGGAACGGCAUUACCUUUAAACACAAUGGCUACUCAAUUAAUGGAAGAGUUUUCAGAUAAUAUUUCUAUAUCGCCUUCGGUGAACAGUGCAGUCUCUAAUACAAUUAUGAAGACAGAAAAACCUGUUGAGCAACCAGUGCUUUCGGCCGCUGACUACGAUUUGGAGAUCAACGCUGUUCGUGACAAAUCAGCUCUUUUUCUUCGUUUGUACAGGCAACAAUUGUUCUUACAAAACGAACUUGCUUUUGAAAAAUACAUGCGUCAGCAGCAUAUUACAAACAUUGCAAGAAUGCGCAAAGAACAGGUUUUAGAUAUAGCAGUUGAGGCUGAACGUCAGAAGCUUUACGCUACAAACAAAAGUUUGAAAACGCAAGUUCAGCUACUGAAACAAAAUCUUGAACAACAAAAAGUCGAAUUCCAGGCAACACUGAACCGUCGCUUGAGAUGGGAAACCGAUUUAAAUAAUAAGCUUAAAACAAUGCGUGGAGAAAGAAAGGCAUGGGAAGAAAAGGACAAGAAUUACCAAACGGCGUUAGACAAUCUGCAGCAGCAGUUCCGUGUGGUAAAGUCUGACCAGGAUACUUUGGCUUAUGAAAAAACCGAACUUAAGUUACAGCUUCAAAUGACGGAAGCAAAAGUGCAAGAGCUUUUGAAGUUGAAAACAUUACUUGACAAUGAUGCUUCAGCUACUCACAGUGAUUUGUCGUCCUCCGCCGUGUCUGGCCAUGAUGAUGAUGAUGAGGCCAAAUCCGAACGACUUUUGGAUUCAGAAGAACGAGAAAAAAUUCGCAUUCGCGAUGAAAUUCAACGUGUUGAACUCGAAAACGAGAAUGCUUGUUUAACUGCUCAGUUAGAAUCAUUGACAAAGGAUAUGGAGGCACUUAAAAUCGUGAGUGAGGCCAAGGUCUUUGAAUUGGAAAAGAAACUUUCCUCUCAAAUCUCGGCACCAAGUUUGCGUCACUCUUUCAACGUUUCUAGCAACAUGUACGAAUCUAUGUACAAUGAGCUUGAUGGAAAAUAUACAGAUUUACUCACCCGCUAUCGUGAUCUUGAAGACAAGUUCAUAGCAGCUCAAACUGACAUUGAACAUCUUAAGAAUGCUCAGAUGAAUAACACUGCUGCUAAUAACUAUGGCAGUCGCCGACCUUCAACAAGCUUUGAGGGUGUGCAUCAUCAGGCUAGAUUCAGGGUAAAUGACGCAUCAUCAAAUCGCACUACGAGAACGGGCCGUUCUGACAAUAUGCUAUCUUCAUUUUACCAAAGUUCCUCUGCUCAUGACUCCGGCGAUGGGUCUUCCUAAACGAGUACUCACGUUUUGUUUUCCGUCUUCCAUAAGAAUCGUAAAAGUCAGUCUUACGCACUUCUUACUCGUUAACAACAUGUAUCUAUUUUGUGUAUAUUCCCGAACCAAUCCUUUAAACGACACUGUCUUACUAUUAUAUUUAUUUAUUAAUGAGUAGUUAUAGAAUAAACCCUUCCAAAUUGAACGCUGCUUUUUUGCAGAGACAUAAAACGUGGUAUAACAAGUAACAAUAAACGAAUGAAGAAGAAUGCGGGCAUUUAUUGCAUGCGGCGUCUUU